AUGCCUGACGACGCCAGCCAGACAUAUCCACGCGUCUCACCAGUCAUCGUAUGUGCCGGUGCCGAGCGUCAGCGGGAUCCUAACAUCUUCAGUAGCAUUGAUGAAAAAGAAGUUGAAGAGCGGCUGGAAUCGUUAGAGGAAGUGUUACAGUGCCUCACUGACGACGGCCUUGAGCUCAACCUGAAGAGAUGCUGCUUUGGCGCAACGACACCAAGGAAAGGCGAGCAGGCAGAGGAGCCUUCUGGUCACACCAGUGACGCGGCGGUUCUCCAAGCUAAGGUGCCGACGAUCACUGCCGAACCGCGCUCAUCCGCCGACAGCCAGCGCAACGCUGCGCUCCCCAACCACGGUCCAGACGACCACGCCGGUCACCGGGCUACCGGCGAUGAGGCGCCCAUGUCGCCGCGCGCCCACCGCGGCGGCGGCGGCCGGUCCAAGCACGGCGGCAAGAGCGCUGCAGGGAAGGACGCCGGCCCACGCGGGCCGAGCAAGAGGCGGUCCAAAAUGGCGGACAGCCGCCUGGUCAGUCCCGAGGGUGCGCAGGACGCCGAGGAGCUCAAGAGCUCGGAGGCCGUACAGAGCCCCGUGAGUCCAGAAGGCGCGCGUGCCGGCGAAAUGCCGCUCAGUCCUGGCGCACUCCUAAGCGCCGAGUACGGGUCGUCAGCUGUGGCCAGCCCCGGCGAAAGAACGCAGCUGCACGACCACACCACUGGGGAGUCUCAUUCGCACCGGCGCGGACGGAAAGGAGCCGGGAAGAAGCACCUCAGGGGCCACAAGAAGGAAUCGCACAACUCGGCCGAGGCGUCUUCCAAGCCUGGUGGUAACACGCAGGGGAUAUUGAAGGCAUCGUCGCCCGAAGACGCCGUCAAGGCCAGCUCUCCUCCUCCCUCUAGCGGCAACCUGCAGGUAGAGGCUCCCCAGUCCGCGCUAUUCUCUCCCACCGAGUCGGCUAUUAAGCGCGCCUCGCCGCCAACCGAGACUGAGGAUAAAGCCUCCGGCGUCAUGGGCAGGCGCACCCUGGUCAUCCAAGAGGACGCGUCUUUUCUGGCUGCUUCCAAGGAGGGCGAUCCACCACACCGGCCUCCGGCACCUGCCCAGACCACACAUAGUGAGGCUGGGACGGAGCCAUCCUCGCCCCCGGUGGUAGCAGCUCACGCUGCUCCACCAGCCGCAAAGCAGGCUAUGCCGUCCCUCGAGUUGGCAAGCCUCAAGGCCUCUGCCCACGAGGGGAGGUCUGAAAAAAGUGCCGACGUGCAGUCUGCACGACCCUCCAGCGCCUCUGAUGAGAGUGACGGUCAGCAAGAGAGCUACUCUAACAAAGGACGUUUUGCGGUGCGUUUCCUCAGGCCCCAGGGUUCGUCACAGUCUGCUGGAACUCGUCGCGGCUACCGGAGAAGUCAGCUCUGGAAUUAA